AUGGUGGAAGAAGAACCGGAGGUGAUCAACGGAGUAGGCGAAACGAGGAAGAAGAAACGGGACCGUUACGAUCAAGAAAUUGAUCUGUACACUAUUAUCCACCGUUUGAUUUUUACGAUCUUGUAUCCUGAUCCAGGUAGCAGUGCUGCAUCAACUUCACUGCUGCAGCGGAUCAAGAUUGCGCUAUCAGAGAACUUGCCGUUGCUUAAAGAAGGUUGUACAAACAGUGGAAAGAAGAUUCUUCAAUGGACUCGUCGAGGCAGUCCUUUAAGAGCUCUUCUUGUUAUCUCCGUUGGGACUAUUGCUCUUCUUUCCUUGACAGGAGUGUUCGUAUUUAUGCUUUUCUUUCUGGCUGCUACUUUCAAUGCGGUUGUUAUCUCUCUUCUUAUGUCCUUGGCAGCUGCAGGAGGUUUCUUGGCUCUGUUCUUUGCCUUUCUGACAGUUAUAUACAUCGGGGCAUUAUCGGUUGCCAUAGUUGUCAUCUCCACUGCAACAAUUUCAGCAACUAUAGCUGUUCUGGUAGUUACAGGUUGGAUUGGAUUCUUCUGGACUGUCUGGUUGGUGACAAGGAAAAGCGUUGGAGUUGCCAAACACUCAUUAACCAUGACUGGAUCAGCAAUUUCAGCCUACUCUUCUUCCAGGAAUCCUCAGUAUCGCUAUAGUGAACUAAACGUGGUGGAAGCUUGA